GGCUAAUCUUCCUCCAAAAUAUUUAUAUAUGAUUUUCCUGGUUGUGUAAUAUAUUUAGAUAUAUAAUAAUUCAUCUAAUAAUCCCCCUGUUUUAGAAUCUGUAGCUUUUUCUAAGGACACUGCACUGCUUUCUAACCACAUCCUGAAAUACACACCAAGAUGCCAUCUUACUCUAAAAAAGUUUUAAAAGAGUCCCAUUUCCAAUAUCCUAUUCUAGAGUAAAGGUAAUUAUUUUGUCCUAUGUAUUAACCAUAUCUUGUAUUUUCUGUAUUGAGAUGCUUUUACAUUUGGGGACUUGCUGAUCCUAAAAGGACUGUUCCUCCCAGGUUAGCCAUUUCCUAGAGAUAGUAAACAAUUUACCGACAAAUGUGCUUUUCAAAUACAAAUCAAUCAAUCCAGAGCCCACACCCAAACCACUUCUUUUAUCAGGGUCUCACACUCUAGGCCACUAUCCACCUGCCCUAAUCACCCCAAGGCCAGGUACCAAACAAAUAGGGGGCAUGGCAUGCCCUUCCUUCCUGGGAACUGUAAGUAACAAACUAUCUGUCCAAGGACAAUCAUCUCCUGAUCUGUUGGCUUUACUAUACCUCAAAUUUUCUAUUAAUACACUAUACUUUGGAACAUGGCAGUGUUCUGAGCCAAAGCCAUCUCAUCCAUAUGUUAUAGUGCAAAAUUCUCCAAUCUCAAGAGAAAACAGCCACAAGAAUUUGAGCAAAUCCAAAGCUAUUUUAUAAGAAAAUGCAUGGCCCCAAAUAUAAGCUUUUCUAGCCAAUCCCAAUGGGGUACAGAAAUUUUUUUCAUUUAAAAAGAAAGUCAGGCUCUUGCCAUCACCCAACAAGUUGGUAAUAUUGCUGCAUUUCAAGGGUAUUUAAAUUAUAUUGACCCCCCAACAAUCAACAAUACAUAAUAGGUGUACUUAGAUACCGCUUAGCAAUGUUAACCUUAAAUUUUCACAUAUCAUCCAAAUGCCUGAAUUAAAAGACAAGUAUGCCAUUAAUCUAUAUGCCUUGAUUAUCAGUCCUACACAAACAAAGUAUGUGGAUCAAAGGGGAUGCCUGUUAUUCACUACUCUACAUUUCUUAAACUGUAAGUUCCAACAAGUCAAAUCCACUGAAAAUUAUAUAUCUGAACUCUUUCCACACUAUUUCUUUCUCCUAGUUAGUAUAGAAUUCCUAUUGUGUUUGGUCAGUUUUCUAAAGUAGAUCAAACGUCCCCCACCCCUACUGGAAAUGUACAGAGGCCCAUAGAUAGUUUUUUCUAACACAUAUACUACAUCAUAUUGCCAAUCAUUAGAUAUUUAGCAAAGAGGUGUAUUAGUCAGGGCUCUCCAGAGAAACAGAACUAACUAUAUAUAGAAAAAGAGAUUUACUUCAAGGAAUUGGUUCACACAAUUGUGGGGGCUGGCAAGUCUGAAAUCUGUAGGGUGGGCCAGCAGGCUAUAAAUUCACGUAAGCAUUGAUAUUGCACACUUAAGUUCAAAAUCCACAGGGCAAGCCAAGCAGGCCAGAAAUUCAAGUAGAGCUUCUAUGAUGUGGUCUUGAGGCAUAAUUCUUCCGUCCUUGGAAAAAUUUGUCUUUGCUGUUAAGGCCUUCAAUUGAUUAGAUGAGUCUCACCCAUACUGUAGAGAGUAACCUGCUUUACUUAAAGUCUUAUGAUUGUAAAUGUUUAUCACAUCUAAAAAACACCUUCACAGCAACAUCUUGACUGGUUUUUGACCAAACAACUGGGCACAAUAGCCUAGCCAAGUUGAUACAUAAAAUCAUCCAUCACAGAGGGUGUUUUGCUGGUUUAGUUUGAGUUUUGGUUCAGGUUUUAUGAUGGUGGUAGUAGUUACGAUGUAAUACCACAGAAUUAUCAUGUUUCCUCAAUUAGAAUUUUGCCACCAGUUUAUAUUUAGCCUAUAGCAGGGGAGCUGCUGAAAUCAGGCUGAGGUACUAAUCUAUUUUGUAAAAUGUUAUGCAAUCAAAUCCUAAUAAUUCUAUUACGGUAUGCUAUUAACACAGUCAAAAUUAUAUAAUUAAUCAUUGCAACUGACUAUUAGACUUAUAAUGGUUCUAAUAACUUUGUAAUAUAAAAGAAUGAAUCUGUGUCAAUAGAUAAGUGUUAACAGAAUUAUAAUAUGGAAUGACUAUUGAAAUAUUACUAAUUUAAAUUUAUACAUGUAAAAAUUUUAAAUGGCUCAUCUUUCAUCAACCUAGACCAAAAAAAUAGGCCAAAUAAGGAUUUCAACCAUCAAAGUUGAUUUUAAAAAUCAAAGUAGUCCAGAGGUGCCCCAGACCUGGCAGUGGAGCAUCAAAAAACUGGAAGGCCUCACUCUCCUCCUCCAGUGGCUGACGGCUUCACUUGUAAAAUACCACCAUGGACAGUAGGUCUCCAAGACUGAAAUGAAAUGUGGCUUUGUGAAUAGGGUGUGGGCUUUGGAGUCAGAAACUUUGCCAUUUGUUGGCUGGGUGACUUCAGAUGUCUCAGUCUUGAAGGAUUUCACUGUGAAGGUUAUUGGGGAUUAAAUGAGUUUGUACUUGUAAAGUAUCUACUACAGAGCCUUAUAGUUCAUAAACACUCAAUAAAAGGGAGUUUCAUUACUCCCCUUGUUCUCCACAAUGGCUUAUGAAAUCCCAUUCACUGGCUCAUUCUUCCUCGCACCACACACCUCUUGGCUUUCCCUUACUAUCUGAUUCCAACAAGCCAGCUUCAUUUGUUAACCCUUCAGUUGUUUCAACGCCCCUCCUAUUAGAUAAAUAGAACAAUUUUUCUCAUUUUUAAUCAUCAAAUAUUUAUUAAGUGCCUAUUCUAUAGGAGGUUCUCUGCCUCAAGAGUUACAAAGAUAAAUAAAACCCAAUCUCUGGCUUCAAAAUCUCUGGAAAAUUAGAAAUUAUUCCAGAGCCAAGAUACAUAAGUUCCCUUCCGGUAUCCUAAGUUUAAGGUCCUCCCAUGUAUUUUGAAAUCUUCUUAGCCUCUUGGUGCUACUCUUCCUUCCCUCUUGCCCCUCUGAAGUUCUAAUUCUUUAUUAUGACACAGAUUCUAGAACCUUCAUAGACCAUACUCUUGUAAUCUGCUUAGGUUUGACCACCUGAGCCACACAAUUCCUCUGCGACUCUCUGCAUCCUUGUCUACAAGUGCCUCCCUUACAUCCUAGUUCAUUUUGCUCAGAAUCUGUGAGCUUGGGGUGUUCAUUUUAUCUUGAUCUCCUUCUGAUAAAGAAAUCCAGAUGAUACAGAACGUAUUGAAGACAAUACCUGGAAAAUGGCAGUCUUGGAAAUAACUUUGGCUAUCAUCCUGACUCUACUGGGUUUUGCCAUUCUGGCUAUUUUGCUAACAAGAUGGACACGAUGCAAGCAAAAUGAAAUUGAUGUCUCAAGAUACAGUUCAGAACAAAGUGCUAGUCUUCUGGACUAUGAAGACAGUACAGGAUUCCGACAUUCAUAUUCAACAGAAAGUGACACUUCAUAUGAUGAUCUAGAGGGAUCCAAAGGAGAUUACACACCAUCAGCCAACUCCCUAGCACUGUCUCUAUCACAUAUUGGAGAACAAAGAGGUGAUACAAAAGGCUUCAAAGUAACUCCAGAACCUUUAUCUGGCACUGCAGGACCCAUAACUGGAGCUAUUGGACCCAUAAUGCAAUUCACAGCACCUAUUCCUGGAGCUACUGGACCUAUCAAGCUUUCUCAGAAAACCAUUGUGCAAACUCCAGGACCUAUUGUACAAUAUACUGGACCCAGUGCUGAAACUUCAGAAAUGACCACUACAGGAUACUCCUCUUCUGGUCCACCUUCAACGCCUAGAGGUCUGCCUCUGGCACCCAUGAUGAUUUCACAGAGAACCUCAACAAGACCUGAGAAAUCUAAGAUAAGACAAGAAGAGCCAACACAUGUAGCAGUACCUAUCAUUACUUCUAUGCCUGUUGCAAUUGGUCCAGUAGCAGCUGUGGACAGCUCUGGAAAAAUCACACUAGCUCCUAUGGUUAUAUUUCCAGGUUACAUGGACAGAGAACUUGCAAAAAUAUCAGAUUCUAAAGGCCAGAUUCUAAAAAGUAAAGGCACUACAAAUUCUCAGAGUAGCCAAGAAGAAAAUAAGGAAGCACUAAAGAAGGAAAACUUAUUCAUAGAUUCUGAUGAAUCCUUAACAUCAAGACAUGAAAUGGAGUCAAAAAGCAAAGCAAAAGGUAUUGAACUGGAGAAAGGCAAGACAGGAAUGGAGGUCAAGGUAAACAAGAGUGACGUUAGGAUACCAAAAGGACAGGAGGCCCAAGUAAAGAAUAACAAAGCCAAAAUAACACAAGGACAGGAGGCCCAAGAGAAGAAGAGUGAGGCCAGAAUACCACAAGGACAAGAGGCCCAAGUAAAGAAGAGUGAGGCCGGGAUACCACAAGGACAGGGCUCCCAAGAGAAGAAGAGUGAGGUCAGGAUACUAAAAGGACAGGGGUCCCAAGCAAAGAGUGAGGCUGGGAUGCUAAAAGGACAGGGGUCCCAAGAGAAGAAGAGUGAGGUCAGGAUACUAAAAGGACAGGGGUCCCAAGUAAAGAAGAGUGAGGCUGGGAUACCGAAAAGACAGGAGGUCCAAGAUAAGAGUGAGGCCAAGAUACCACAAGGACAGGAGGCCCAAGACAAGAAGAGUGAGGCUGGGAUACCACAAGGACAAGAGGCCCACAAAAUGAGUGAGUCCAGCAUACCACAAGGACAGGAGGCCCAAGAAAUUAUGAGUGACGCCAAGAUACCACAAGGACAAGAGGCCCAAGAAAAGGAGAUUGAGGCCAAAAUACCGCAAGGACAGGAGGCCCAAGAAAAGAAGAGUGAGGCUGGGAAACCACAAGGACAGGAGGCCCAAGAAAAGAAGAGUGAGGCCGCGAAACCACAAGGACAGGAGGCCCAAGAAAAGAAGAGUGAGGCUGGGAAACCACAAGGACAAGAGGCCCAAGAAAAGGAGAUUGAGGCCAAAAUACCACAAGGACAGGAGGCCCAAGAAAAGAAGAGUGAGGCUGGGAUACCACAAGGACAGGAGGCCCAAGAAAAGAAGAGUGAGGCCGGGAAACCACAAGGACAAGAGGCCCAAGAAAAGGAGAUUGAGGCCAAAAUACCACAAGGACAGGAGGCCCAAGUAAAGAAUAAUAAGGCUGGGAUACUACAAGGACAGGAAGCCAAAGAAAAGAAGAGUGAGGCUGAAAUACCACAAGGACAGGAGGCCCAAGACAAGAAGAGUGAGGCCAAGAUACCACAAGGACAGGGGUCCCAAGAAAAUAAAAGUGAAGCCAGGAUACUAAAAGGACAGGGGUCCCAAUUAAAGAGGAGUGAGGCUGGGAUACCACGAGGACAGGGGUCUCAAGGAAAGAAGAGGGAGGCCAGGAUGCCAAAAGGACAGGGGUCCCAAUUAACGAGGAGUGAGGCCAGGAUACCACAAGGACAGGGGUCUCAAGGAAAGAAGACUGAGGCAGGGAUACCACAAGGACAAGGGUCCCAAGGAAAGAAGAGUGAGUCUGGGAUAUCGCAAGUGUCAGAAGCCCAAGACAAGAAGAGUGAGGCCAGGAUACCACAAGGACAGGAGGCCCAAGUAAAGAAUGAGGCUGGGAUACCACAAGGACUAGGGUCCCAAGUGAAAAAGGAGAAUUCUGAGGAAAAGGAAAGCAGACCAAAGAAAAGGGAGAUGCAGAGAAGAAUGAAGAUACAAAAUAAAUAGAUGCUAAAAACAAGAAAGGUGAUGAAGGAAAGCACAAAGUAAAAGGAAAGAAAGAAUCAGAAGUCAAGGGUUAAAAAGCAAAAGGUUCAGUGACAGGCAAAGGCAAGUUAAGGAAGGAAGUACAACAAAAAGGUCGAAGAGUAAGGGUAAAUAAAAGGAAGACCCAUAAGUCAACUGAUUAUUAUGAUUCCCAUCCUCCAGAUACAAGUCAUAUCCCAGCCAUUGCCUAAAUAGAUCACAAUUAUAGAAUCCAUUUAACCUAUACCUCUGCAGAGUUUCUGCUCUUUACACGUUUUACCAUUUUUAGACCUCUCAGCCACAACCUCAGCUUUCAACUGUUUUGUAAGUUGGUACUUAUUUAAUCAAGAAAGACUGGAUUUUUUCUGAAAUAAAACAUUUUGAUUAAAGAAA